AUGUCUCUGCUUAUGAACGAAGAGUAAGCAAAGCCAGAGACGACGGCCUGGCCAGUACUGACACCGACAGCUUCUCUAUCUACCAAUUGCGUCUGGGAUAUCUGAACCAGAUUCAUGAUGGCGUCGGAGAACGAUUGAUCAAUCUGAACCCGGCUGUGCUGAACAACCCCGCUUUCCGAACAGCGGGAUGGGUACCUGACACCGCUGCGAUCAAGCGAUGUUAUUCCCCUCCUAUUCCCACCGGCGGCGGACCCGAGAUCAGUAGCGAGUAUUUUCAGAGGCCGCGACGUCCUACAGGAAACCCACUAGACUUUGAAGAUGGCGCGGAGGGAGGUGGAAUGGUCACAGGCAAUCAGGGCAGCGAGGAUACCCUAGGCCCAGGAGGACUACAUGCAAAUGAGAGGAAAAGAGAGCGAAGGCGGCGUAAGGAGCAGCUGGAAGAGGACGACAGCUCUGACCUGAGCGAUGAUAGCGAUGAAGAUGAUGUUGCGAAAGGUCCUGCACAAAGCAUCAAAUUCAGCAAGAUGCCUAUUCGCAAUCGGGCGAAGUCGUCUCCUACAGGCCAUUCCAAUACUCUCAAACCCGAAUUCGACGACGGACCUGCGGUGAUGGUCACUAGCCCGUCACGGCCUCCAGAAACUGAUGCAUUCACGAGAUUACGCAGUGGUAGCGUUGGCCAGGUGGAGGCAGUGAAACAGCGUUCGAGACGGGACACAACGACCAGCUCUGAGAUCUCUAGUGAGAACGAUGCAGCACCAGUAACUUUCAAGCGAAGGCUGCCAAGUCGACCCGGAAAAGGGCCGAGUGUGCUGGCAUUGGAAGACGACAUCGAGGAGGAAGAACAGAAAGGCGAGGCAACGGCAAACUCUGACCUGGACGACGAAGACGAGGAUGUGGGCGAGGCCUCAGAUCUUAGUGACGAUGAGUUUGAUGGAACAGCAGACUCACCUUCCAUGCUUGGGCUUCCAGGGGCCAGUGAUGGCUUGUCAACCUCACCACUGAAGGCUCCACCAGACAUGCUACAUGCGGUCAUCGCGGCUCCAAAUGCAUCUCCUAAGAGGCAGGCAAGAGACGCUCUGCCUCGUUUACCCAGACUGCCACCUGGUGAGCGACCCAGGAGUAUGGCUCCGCAGUCCAUGUCGAUGAUCAGCAUGAUGAUCAAGGGCAAUGGCGGAGCAGUCAGCGAUAAGCCCUUCCAGCGAUUUGCCGAUCUCUAUGGUAGAGACGAGCCAAAUCCUCUCUGGGUCAAAAUCUAUGCUCCGUUUUCCGAGAAGUCGACGAAGCCUCUGGAAGUGCCAAUUCGACGCAUGAAAGACGAUCGGCCUGUCACUGUCGCGGAGCUCAUAGGCCUGGCGCUGUGGCGCUACGUCGAAGAGGGCUACAAACCGGAACUGAAAUCGGAUGAGAGCAAUGUUAACUGGUGGACACUGCGCAUCGUGGAAGACGAAGAGAUUGACUUUGAUUUUCCGGCUCUCGUUCGCACACGGCCAGUGAUCGAUUUCACGUCGAACAACAACCGACCGCCAAAUCGGCGGGCGCGUGACAAGCCAUGGGACGAGUUCGGCUUGACCAAAGCGACACAAGAGCAGUUCAAGGAGAACGAAGAAAUCACGCCUCAGAUUGGAGACAUGGGCAGCACUGGUCCCCAAGCCCUCCCAACGCCCAAGUUGGAGGCGCCGAAAAUGCCCAUGCCGGCGCCAAUGUCACGAACAGGCUCAGAAGCUCCGCCAACACCGAAUGUGGGCUUCAAUCCCGCACGCAACCCAAUCACGGGGCCAUCGUUUGCACCGAAUGCCUUUCGCAAGGACUCUUCGGCCCUCAUGGAUGCACCUCAGCGGGAAGGUCGACAAGGCGCAGCAAAGACCGGCGCCCCUAGGACUGUCCUUGUGACUUUCACGGAUCCGCAAAGCUUCAUCACUCGGAACGAGACAUACGAGACAACGACGGACAGCUAUAUCGCGGAGGUCUUCGAGAAGAGCUGUGCACGGCUCGGUCUGGACAAAGCGCUGCAUGUCCUCAAAGUGCACGGCACGCAAACAGUAGCACCACUUGACCGUACAAUCGAGGCUCUGGGGGACAAGCUGCACCUCGACCUCUUGCGGCGUCGCUUUGCAGGAUCCGGCAUGGCAGGUGGAGACGGCAUGUUCGGCCUGGGACUCAUAUCCAACUCUCCUGGUAGCUCGUCGCCCAACGCACCCCUUGACCUUACACCUGCCAAUGCCACGCCCGACAAGGGAAAGAAGAAGGGCAUGAGAGGGUUCACGUUACAUCCUCUCGCCGCACAACAGAAAUCCGAGCUCAACACAACAUCUACCGUGGCUCUUGCCCUCGACCGCGAUGGCAAGCGAUACAACGUCCUCCGCAAACAACCGCUCAGCUUCGCUGCAACGCAUCCGCGGACAUUGAUCAUCACACCAGAGUACAUGACCAUCAUGCCGGCUGCGCCUGACAGCUUGGCUGCUCCUACCGGCAAGGUGACGAAUGUGCCCAUGACGAGCGUGAUUGGGGCGAAAGUCAGUAGGAAGCACCCGCGGAUGGUGCGAAUUUUGGUCUUUCGAGAGAAAGAACAGAAGAGGUAUGACUUCGAAGCGAUCAAUCAUCGGGAGGCAGAGGAGAUUGUCGCGGAUGUCAGGAGGGGCAUGGAAGCCUUGGGGCCUACUGCUAGGGAGGAGUGA